AAAAGGUCGUACGGGACAAACGCGGUCGUUUUAAAUCGGAUAUAGUCAAAAAAGGGGAGAAGGAUGACAGCACAAAACGACAGAAGGGUAUUAGAAACAUCGUUGUCGAACAUAAUUACCCCAUUGGACAUUUUCACGACGAUAACAACAGAUGUGAAGAAUGUUGUCCGGGAAUAUCACGGUUAGUGAAUUCAAAAAAGAUAGAAACAGAAGAUUGGGGAAAGGGUAGGCGUGUUGUAGAAUUGAGAUGUUUGGUCGAUUCCUUAAGCCACUGUCUGUUCUGUAGGAUGGGACCGUUAUAUCUUGCGCAUGAAACUAUCAAAGGUGAAAUGAAGAUGGGACUGGGGGGGGGGAUUUGUAUAUACAGUGUAUUAACUGCGGGCAGCUGAAUACCAUCCCAUAUGGCAGUACAUACUCCGAGCCAUCGACAAGAGGACAGAGAAUGUUUUCAGUGAACACAAAGUUAGGUGCAGCAAUGAUUGACUCGAUUGGAGGCCCACAACGAGUCAAUAAUUUCCUUACAACGCUUGAUCUCCCAUCAAUAUCAAACAAAAAUCUCAAAGCCAUGGAACGACGAGCUGGGCAAAUAAUUGAAGAUUAUGCAGAGAAAAGUAUGGCCAUUGCAACUAAAGUAUCAUUUGACACUGAAAUGAGUGACAUUUCAACUAUGGAAGAAAAAAAUGCACCAUUUGUCCAUCAUGCUACUUUUGAUGAGGAGUUGGGUACUGCAGUUAUAGAUGGUGAAUUCCUAGGUAAUCCUGCAUCACUUUUGAAAUCUACAAGUGUGCUUCAAGACCAGGAGGAAAGUGGCGAUUCUGGAAAUGAUGAUGAUGAGAAUUCUAACCCAGCACAAGUUUGUCUGCCAGAUCGAGAUUCACAAAAUGUUGACCAUUCUCCUCAGACUCCAAAACUAGUUUGUCCAUCACAUGUAGAUUUACAGGAAAUGGACCUUGCUCUUCACACUCCACAAGGAAUAGUCAAUGAAACUGCACAUAUAGACAAAGUGUCAGGAAGGUCAUUUGGAAAAGUCAAGAUGAAAAGACAGGGAGUGGCUGUUUCAAAGAAGCUGAAAUUUAACCCACGAGCAAGAACAGGAAUGACAGUUUGUGCUGACCAUGGCUGGCAAAAAAGGGGAUUUGAUAGUCUAACAGGUAUUUAAAGAACACGGAUUAUCCCCUGGUCAUCAUACACUGAAAUAUUCG